AUGUCAGUUGAUUUCAAUACAGUUGCUAAAGAGUUCUGUGAGUUUUACUACCGUCAGUUUGACACGGAUAGAACCCAAUUGGGGAACUUGUACAGGGACCAAUCUAUGUUGACCUUUGAGACUUCCCAGUUACAAGGUGCAAGGGAUAUUGUGGAAAAGUUGAUUUCCUUGCCUUUCCAAAAGGUAGCUCACAGAAUUUCUACAUUAGAUGCUCAACCGGGAUCCCCUAGUGGUGAUAUAUUAGUAAUGGUUACAGGAGAAUUGCUUAUCGACGAAGAGCAGAAUGCACAACGUUAUUCCCAAGUAUUCCAUCUUAUUCCCGAUGGAAGUUCUUACUAUGUGUUUAAUGACAUAUUUAGAUUGAACUAUUCUUAA